AUGUCACUUGACCGCGUGCAGCAGUGGCUGGACCACGUUGAGUCCGUCCGCGCUUCUCGCAGCGAUAGUCGGGAUGAUGAUAGGUCCAAGCACAUCGAGAUGCCGACCCCGCCAUCGACGUCGUUUCUCCCUGCUCAUUCUGUCGCCAAAAGAAAGUAUGAUUCGCAAUCACCGACAAUGGAAGCCCCUAAAAGACAACGACGCGCUGCAAAGGACUCAGAGACCAACUCCGUAACCUCAACAUCUAUUCUUCCUCUCCGUGAUGACCUCACUCUAUCGCCAUCUGCAUCUGCGACUAGUCAGUCUCAGUCGCGUCAGAGGUCACCCAGUCCAGCCCGACACAAGAGGCUUCUGGAAUAUGCAACCCCGAGAGUCCGCUAUCUCUCCGAGUGGGAUAACCCCGAGGAUAGCGCUGCACAGGAGUUGAGAGAUUUUCUAUCGGAAGGCACUCAUGAUUGGGAGCCGGAUGCCACCAAGAUCCAAGAGAUUGUAUCCGGGGCUCGGAAAUGUGUGACCCAACAACGCAGUGAAAGUUCGUGGGUGACCGAAGUUACCCGGCCUGUGCUUCGGGCAGCAAUUAGCGACCUCCCUCUCGAAUCUUGGGGCGUCCAAGCCGAAACGGUGGGUGCAGAAUACCAACCGCGCUACACAGCGCGAGAUCGCUGCAACCGCAAAAUAGACUGGGUCGUCGGGUUCCCUAAAGAACGAUGGGAGGCUUUGUAUGCCAAGACCGCUGCCAAAUUUGUCGGCCGGUAUAUUAAUCACGUCGAUCAUCCCCACACCGGAUCUCAAGUAUUGGGCUGUGGUUGUGAGAUUAAACCCCCAAAUGGGGACUUGAUCGAAGCCCAGGUUCAACUCGGGGCCUGGAUGGCCGGGUUCUUCUCCUGGGCUUUUCAGCAUCAGUCCGGGACUCAGGCUCCACCGCCAAUGGUAGGCUUCAUUCCCGUGGGUGAGAUCUGGGGUUUCUACAUCAUAUAUGGUGUUCAAGAGGGGACAAACGGUGGCGGGUUGCCAAAGUUAGGCGAAGUUCGUGUCUGGGGACCUCUGCCGGAGCUCGAUGGUCGACCUACUAAUGAAAAGGCGUGUUCCGCACUGGUCAAGACGCUGCGCCGCGUCAUGCACUACCUAUGCGGUCGAUACAUUGACCAGUUUCAAAAUUCCGUGCUCAGAUGA